AUGUCCUAUCCCAAAGUCGCCGCUGAUUUCGACGCCAUAAUUCAGGCUGACCGACAGCGGAAAAAGAAUGAAGCCCUAGCAAACGAGAUCUUUGGCAGAAAUAAAGCGAACAAGAACACCCCGAGAAGCGCAAGCAAAGGCCCUUUGAGGACGCCCGAUCUUGCGAGUCGCAUCACAAAGCGAUCUUCAUCUGUUACCAGCUCAGGCUCUUCCCGGAACAAUGUGUUCACUCCACCGUCAAGACCGUCCUCAACGACCCCUCAGAAUGCACGCUCGUCUCGUCUCGCCUCCGCGCUCGAGUCGUCUCAGGCCAACAUCGUAUCCUCUCAGACAAAACCAAGAGGGUCAGGUUUAAGCAUUAAAGGCAAGGCCGGCCCCUUCGUGGUGGAAGCCAGCAAUUUUGCCCCGGGUACAACGGCGGCCGACAUCAAUUUUGCCCUACAAGGUGAAACGCUGGACGAGAACGGCAUGCCCGCAAUGCUCACCUGUCGCCUUACUAAGACAAGCCCGGUGGUGGUCGCGGAGCUGGUGUUUGCUGAAAAGCAAAUCGCGGAUCGGAUCAUAUCCACUUACAACAAUCAAAAAGCAGACGGACGUAUCCUGCGACUUUCCCUCAAGCGACCUGGCCUAGGUUAUACGCCUGUUUCGCAGCCCAACCAACUGGACCCCGAUGCAGCGCUCGAACCGCUGGGAUCAGAAAGUCAACCUCAGCCCGAAGAUGAGAACACUAUGGAGGAUGUGGUGAUGGAAGCAGAGGGAGCGCCUUCCUAUGACGAUCGACGCAACCGGGAACCCGGAAUCGCUGAAGCGGAUGUUCAAGACGGACGCUACGGCUUUGAAGAACCGCAGCCUCCUGAUGCCCAGGCACGCCACACCGACCGGAAGAGAGACGACGAUCGACGAGACCGAGACCGGGACCGGAACUACGAGCGCGAGCGUGACCACGAACAGGAACAGGAACGAGACCGCGAGAGAGAACGAGAACGAGACCGGGAGCGCGACCGUGAUCGAGAACGAGACCGGGACCGGGACCGGGACCGGGACCGAGAACGAGAUCGAGACCGCUAUGACCGUCACGACGCUCGACCAGCAGGACACGGCUCCUACCGUCGUGGCGACAGAUCCGAUACCUACAACUCGCGGCCCUCGCACUACGGCAACGGUGUCGGCGGCGGCGGCGGUGGUGGUCCCGGACCUGGAAGAGGGAUGUUCGGCGGUGGUGGUCCUCCGGGACUAUUUCCCAGAGGUGGAGGCCGAAUGUACGGCGACGGCGGUCGGAGAGGCGGCGGACCUGGCGGGUUUGGACUGGGGCCUGGAGGUUAUCCAAGGAGAGGAGGGUACUAG